ACAGUUUAUUUGCUGCUACCUUGGCGGCGGCCGUGGUUUGUAUUGUUCUGAGUACCCUCAGGCACAAAUAGCUACGUGUGGUUUUCAUUACGUAAAAACGUAGAUACAAUUGUUCUAUACGUUAUUUGGGUGGGGUGGGGUGGAGAAACACUCCCAAAUAAGCAAUUGUCGAAUCAUGACCAUAUAUGUACAUAACUGAUCGGGCAUCCUUGCGCGCGAAAAUUCCAACGAGAUUCCUAUAGCCAAUGGCGGGAGAUAUUCAAAGCACUGUAAUAAAUAUUUAAUCUUAUUAAUUUCGAGCACCGCUUCUUGGAAACCGGGGCCGAGCCGGGGCCACAUGUCCUGGUGACGCGCUGUGGUCCUGAUGAAUUUUGCAGGAGGCUUCCCGGAAGCCGGGGCUGUGACUGGCCAUCAUAAUUCCUUAUCGGGUAAAAGAGGAGGCGUUCGGAGGCUGAUAGCCCGGUACCCUUCAUAACUCAUUUACCUGCCACAUUUAUUCUCGAUUCUGCAAUCAAGAAAUUUCAAGGGGAAACGUUUAAAAGGAAGACAGGACAAUGUCAGCGACUGCCGCCAGUCUGGCGAUAGGCUCCAUCCUGAGUGUGGUCGGCCUAGCUGCCCUCGUUGGAAACGUCCUGCUGCUUGUAGUGUUUGGGCGGUCUCGCCGCCUGCACACCUCCUCACCUACCACCUGCCUCAUCGCCAACGUAGCGGUGGUGCAUGUCCUGGCCGUGCUGCUGUGUAACGUCCCCACCAUAGCGGCGGCACUGUCUGGAGUCUGGGCCAUGGGACAAGCCAUGUGUUUGGUGCAGACGUUCUUCCGCACGCUGGCAUUGUUACUGCAGGCUCACACGCUGUCCGUUCUGGCCUUCGAGCGGUACCUCCGGAUUUGCCGCCCACUGAAACACGAGGAGGUGUUCAGCGGCACGGUGGUCAUCAUCAUCCUGACCGGCCUGUGGUUCUGUGACACCAUCAUUGCGCUCAACCCGUUCUACGGCUGGGGGAAGAUCCUGUUCGACCAGGAUGGGUACACUUGCGACCUGGACUGGGUGAAGUCGGAGUCGCUCCUGAUCUUCACCACGCUGGUGGCACUGGUGGUCCCCAUGGCGGCCUCCGCGGCAUGCUACAUCGCCAUCCUCGGCAGAAAGGUCUUGAGGCUGCGGAAGAGGGUCUCACCAGCAUCCACCACCGAAGACGAGUCUCCCAGCCAGAAUCAGGAGGAGGAACAAGGAAACAAUAACCAGGAAACUUACGCCGAGAAACUUCGCCGCCAGGAGUACCGGCUCCAGAAACUCUUACAAACACACGAGAUGGGUUCUAAGCCUGUAGCGGAGAAACUACCACAAGAGGUCAAGAGGAGGACCAGGGAGGGGCAGUCUGAAUCGGACAGUGAGUUUGAGGACUUGCCUCCUCCCCGCACAGAGAUCGAACACUCCAGGAGGGAAGCCGAGUUGCGAGCCUGGAAAAUGAGAUACCGACCGAGAGAGGUCGCCCUGGCAAAGACGACGCUGUUGCUAGGUGUGGCUUUUCUCAUCUGUUGGUUACCAUACUUCGUGGUGACGUAUGUGGAGUCCUAUGCAUUAGUGAGCACUACAGCUGGGACCCUGAUCGCUCUGGUACUGGUGCACCUCAGUACGGCUGUGAACCCCUACAUCUGCGUUGUGCACAGUCACAAGUACAAGCGACACUGCAGAAGGACUCUGAGCUGCAGGAGGGCGCUUUAAACAGUAUACUAGUACUACGGUGUUGUGAUUGAUUCGGACAUUUCAAGUUACACCAUAGCCCAGUCAAUAUCCAAUACAUGCAUUUAUCCAUAUAUAUACAAAAAUAUAAUGCUUCCAUGAGCUAUUCUGGCUCACCUUCGCUUUCAAGGUAUGCGGUAUGUUUUCUUUUGCGUUUAUUUGUGUAUUUUUGAGGAUGUCAGGAUCAUAGGAAUAUCAAAGAUGACUAGGCAUGCUGAGGCUCAUCCUGAAGACCCCUAGUUGCUUCUUAUGUAUAGCAGGGGCUUUAUUUGGAGCUGUGAUUAUUGUAGUUUGAGAUGUUUGUAAUGUCAGGAAAACGGAAAAUAAAGAAAAUAGAGCAAGGCGGUCACGUGUUACUUUGACUUUACAAUAAAGAAACAAUCCAUCAAUCGUGUUGGCUUUAAUGAUCUACCCCUAUUUAUGAUAUGAUUAACUUAUUACUGUCAAGAAACUGACCAGAUAGACUUAACGUUAACGUUAACAUCUUCAUUAAAAGUGCAAC